AUGCAAACUGCCGCCGCCAUCGGGACACAGGGUCCAGAUGGCCAUGCCCAUCAAACCAGUCAGUUGGACCAAUACCUUCCCGCAGGUAGCAAUGUCACUGGUCGAGGGCACUUUCCCUGGCUGGCUCCGCGGCAUGCCUUCGCGGCAACGGGCCCGCCGUCGCAGUUUCCUGCAAAGCAACCCGGGGAUCCACACCUGAACGGGUUGCCAAAUGGACACAGGGCUGCUUUUGCUAAACCCACCCUCAACGGUAGUGCUGUGAAUGGGUUCAAAGAAGCAAAGGAUAUCCCUCUCGAAAGGGUCCAGGAUCGCUCUCAGAGUGGUACACGUGCAUCCCACCGCCCCGAGACAAAUUCAGUUGAUGGCGUAGCGAACGGUCUAGAGAUCACUUCUUCUUUUAUCCCCGGGUCCAAUCUACCCAAGUCAACGUCUCCGUUAACCUUCGUCAAUACCGUAUCAUCUCAUCCUUUUUUGUCUGACGCCAAAGGCACCGACAGUCAGCCUAUGCCCGUGAAGUAUCGCCCACGAUCUUCCAUUCCUUCAAGAUUGCCCACCGCAAUCUACGCUCAACAGUGCGUCGCGGCGGCGCAUGCGUCCAGACUCAACCCGUACGCUCUUCACCGAAAAGAGCAGGAGGCACUUCAGGAUCAUCUGUGUCACCUCCACGUCACUGUCUACUUGAAUAUCCGAAAUGGUAUCUUGCGAUUGUGGACUCGGAAUCCAAUGGUGAGUGUCUCUCAAGAGGAGGCCAUGGGAUGCGCAAAGGACUAUCGCUGGAUGAAUCUGGCUUCUUUCGCAUACGAAUGGCUCGUCCGGAACGGGUACAUCAACUUUGGCUGUGUUGAGAUCCCUCCAGCUCUUCUACCUCCCAAGAAAGGUCGACGGAGGGAGGGCCCUGUGAUUGUCGUAAUCGGGGCAGGAAUGGCAGGCUUGGGUUGUGCACGACAUCUAGAAGGCCUAUUCAAACAUUACCAUGACCCGUUAACGUCGCCACGCGUUAUUUUGCUAGAGGGAAGGCGCAGGAUUGGAGGUCGUAUAUAUUCGCAUCCUUUACGGAGCCUUCAGUCAUCCGCUUUGCCUCCAGGGCUGGUUCCCAAGGUCGAGAUGGGCGCCCAGAUCAUCGUUGGCUUUCACCAGGGUAAUCCGCUAGAUCAGAUUAUCCGGGGCCAACUCGCUCUGCCGUACCAUCUCCUGCGCGAUAUAUCCACGAUUUAUGACAUAGAUGGCUCGGCGGUUGAUGAAGCUCGGGAUGCCACGGACGAAAUGCUAUACAACGACAUAUUAGACCGUUCGGGACUUUAUCGGCACAAGUCGGUCAUCGUGCCCACCGCCGAGGGCGACCGGGAUAUGAUCGAUUCAGGCCGGGAUGUGACGAGGAGUGACGGCCUUACAGUGAGGCAAUAUGAAGAGGCGAGAGCUGCUGGGACCAUCGGACUCCUAUUUCCCGCGAAACGGGUUCGACGCGGUGUCGGCCAUAAGACUGCGGAAAUCAAGUCGACCGGUGUUCCUUUGGCGGAUUCUGAACGCAUCGAAGAGAAUCCGACCAGCCUCGCUUGCCAGACCAUGGGCUGGGCAUUGAAUGACGGGGUCUCUGUGAAUGACACUGUCAACCUAGACCCCGUAUCUAAAGCGUCGCAAUUCCAGACCCUGGGUGCUGUGAUGAAUGAUGGCGUCCGGCAGUACCAGCGUAUGCUCCCGCUGACUCCGAGAGACAUGCGAUUGCUCAACUGGCACAUGGCCAACCUGGAGUACGCGAACGCUGCCAAUAUUGGCAAGCUAAGUCUCUCGGGAUGGGAUCAAGACAUGGGUAACGAGUUCGAAGGCGAGCACUCGCAGGUGAUAGGCGGGUACCAGCAACUACCUUAUGGACUAUGGUCGCUUCCCAACAAACUCGACGUCCGUACGAACAAAAUCGUUUCCAACAUCACUUACAAGUCUACGGACGACAAAAAGCAUAAGACAGUUGUUCACUGCGAGGACGGUGAGUCGUUCGCCGCCGACAAAGUUGUCUUUACGGGUUCCCUGGGCGUCUUGAAGCAUCGCUCUAUACAGUUCUCUCCCCCUCUCCCAGACUGGAAAUCGGGAGCGAUCGACCGGCUGGGGUUUGGCGUCAUGAACAAGGUGAUACUGGUCUUCAAUGAGCCUUUCUGGGACACUGAAAGAGAUAUGUUCGGGCUUUUGCGUGAACCUCCGGACCGAGACAGCAUGGUGCAAGAAGAAUACACGGUGAACCGCGGUCGGUUCUACUUGUUUUGGAACUGUAUGAAGACCACCGGUCUUCCAGUUCUGAUUGCUCUUAUGGCUGGAGAUGCCGCACAUCAGGCAGAACGCACGCCUGAUGCUGAAAUCAUUGCGGAAGUAACCAGUCAGCUUCGUAAUGUGUUCAAACAUGUGGCCGUUCCCGAUCCCUUGGAGACAAUCGUCACUCGCUGGGGUACAGACAAGUUUACAAGAGGAAGCUACUCUUACGUGGCCGCCCAGGCACUUCCAGGAGACUACGAUUUGAUGGCCAAGCCGAUUGGAAACUUGCACUUCGCGGGGGAGGCCACCUGUGGCACCCACCCGGCCACUGUGCAUGGUGCCUACUUGUCCGGACUUCGUGCCGCAUCGGAAGUAUUCGAAUCUAUCAUGGGCCCGGUUGAGUUACCCAAUCCGCUUGUCCCGGAAAAAAGCAAAACAAUCGAGACCGAUGUCCCGUCAUCGUCUGGUCUGAAGCGAAAAGAACCCUCCUUGUCUAACGGCGCAGGGCCGUCCCCGAACAACGCCCGGAUAACGCACCAGGACGCUUAUGACAACGCCAUGUGGGCUGCCAUCUAUUCCGAGAUAGGCCACGCGCCCGCUCGACCGGCCAGAACCGCCCUGAACCCGUUUCUCCUGUACCAGAAGGACUUCUGGGUCCGAUGUCGUGCGCAGUGUGACGAAGCCCGCCGGGCCGCCACGAAGGACCCCGACGCCAAGGCCGCGCGCGACGAGAUCCGCCAAGCACUCGGCCUCAUGUGGCGACAAGCCGACGAGGCAGAGAAACGGCCAUACCUCGAACAGAACGAGGUGAACCGGCAAACCAACGCUGAGAUCUGGAACCAUUGGCGCCGGGAUAAUGCGGACUGGGAGAAGAAAUCCUACCAAGUCAAGGAGAGGUGGUUCAGGGAGACCAAUCGUUCUACCGAGAGCACGACUAUUUCCCUCGUGUCUGAUGUCCCUCAAACCAAUGGUGACCAUCCCCCCGCAACUGAUAUCCCGACGAGGCGGGAGGCGAGCACACCGUCGUUGCCCCCGAGUAUGGAAGCGAAGGUCAAUGGUGCUCCGAAGCAGGUGAAUGGCCAUUCGGCUGCGGUGGAUGAGACAGAUACCCAUCCAGAGGAUUUGUAGAAUACUUCAUUGCCAUCUUAACCCUUGUACAUUUAUCUAUCUACCUACCCACCUACCUACCUACCUCUCGUCGUGGCUAGACGAUUGUUUCUCUAUACUAAUACAUGUUCUAUUAAAACAAAUGUUAAAUAUCUUCUCCUUUAUCUUCGUGGCCUUGUUGACACUCCUUGC